AGUUGUUAAGUCCUUUUAGUAGUUUAAACUCAAACGCACAGUAUGAGUGUGAACAUAUUUGCGAAUGCUUUUUCUUUUUUCAGUCUCAUGAUUGGUCAUGGUUUUAGGAGAAAUUCGAGACUUGAUUCUUGUUCAUUAAUCAAGAAACAUGAAUAAAGCUUUUGUGAUUUUGGUUUGUAUUCUAUUGGUUGGAUGCAUUCGUGCGUAUAUGUUUGCAUACAUCAUGUUCAAUCCAUUGUUUCUUCAAUUACUCCAUUAAAUGAUUUACCUGAAUUGAAUAAAAUAGUUUCUUUAUUCCAUUAAAUUAUAUAUCAGUUGAAUGGAAUAUUUUCUUGAAUGAUAUCUACGUGUGUUGGGGUUGUGGGUAUAAUUUUCGUGUUUUUCCAAAAGAAAAAUGUAAUCAAUCAUUUCAUUUAUGUAUUCUUUACGUUUAUUAUAGUCAAUGAUUUUAUAUUCUAACUGUAAUUCAAUUGAAUCUGAUAUUCAUUGAAUUGAAGCGAAAAUUUGAUUAUGUUUUAUUGGGUAGGAAAUAGGAUUCUAUAUAAUAAAAAAUGCAAAGAGAAAUCUCCAGCGACUAUAAUUUUGUCGGGUCACUCUAUUCCUCAAAUUUCCUGUCAAGUGGUUCACCUUUUCUCAAUUAUGUAACUAUCGAUUCCAAUUCCCCUUCAAACAUUAUCAAUUCUUAGCCGAAUGAUGAUGACAUGUUACUGAGUUCACUUUACGAAAAGGAGUUGUUAAGUCCUUUUAGUAGUUUAAAUUUCGCCAUAGUGAAGAAAGAAUACUUCCAUGAAAGAAGUUAUCAGAAAGAUCAAGAGUCUGGAGCUUUGAGAGUUUUCCAAGUUUUGCUGGGAUUGGUCCUGUUAUGUUGGUGAGAAAUAGUUGUUUGUCCAUUUUUGCAGCUGCCUUGCGUCGAGAAUCAUGGGGUUUGUUCCGAAGCUAGAUUUGGGAGCUACUCUAUUAUUUGUUCAUUCCCCUCCCAACAAAUAACAAUAUUAAUUUUUUUGAAGGGUUUUGUUUCAUUUUAUUUGGAUAAUAACAAACAUAGUACUCUGUAUUUUUUUUUUUUAAGGGUUUUGUGAAGAUCAAUGCAUGUUUUUCCAAUGGUUUGCCUUUAUUUGCGUCAUUGUGUUUUUCUUGAUUUUGCUGAAUGGUUUAGAAUCAAUUUGCUUGAGCCAUAUAUUAAGUAAAGAAAUUGUAGACGACAGAUAGAGAGCCGAAUUGAGAUUUGUCCUUCAAAUUUUUAUGGUUCAUGUCAAAGACUGCUAUAAUGAUCCUAUUUAUUUUUGCGGUAAAAUAAAGUAUGGAAGACGUAGAAGAUGAGCCUGUUGAUGUUUUGAUGGAAUCCGAUACUGAGAAUAUUCGAAGUUUGUGAAUGUAGUCAAAGACGAAACAUCAGGAGGGAUGGGUUACAAGUGCAUGAGGUGGGUAUGCUAUUUAAGCAUGAAGAAGAUAUGUAUAACUUCUGCAAAAAAUAUGCUUAUGCCGUUGGUUCUCCCGUUAAAAAAAGGAAUUCGAAAAAGGGGGAGGAUGGAGCAUUGAGAUACCUAACGUUAACAUGUAGUCGUGAAGGACGAUUAAAUGGUAAUACUAGCAGUUCACUGAAGCCUCAACCAACAGUUAAGAUGGGUUGUAAAACAAGGAUAUCCGCAUCUUAAGAUAUCCUGGGAAAUUGGAGAAUUAAUGCGGUCCCCUAGAGCACAAUCAUAAGACAAGUCCAUCUAAGUCCAGGUUAUAUCGAUGCAACCGAACUUUUACUGCACAUGUGAAAAGAAAGUUUGAAAUGAAUGAUUUAGCAGGGAUUCCAUUGCAUAAGAGUUACAAUUCCGCAGUUGUAGAAGCUGGUGGAUAUGAGAACAUGACUUGCAUUGAAAAAAAUUGUCGGAACUAUGUCGAACGAGUUAGGUGAUUACGACUUGGAGAGGACGAUGCUGCAACAAUACAAUCAUACUUUUCAAGAAUGCAAGCUCAAUGUUCGAGAUUUUAUUUCAGUAUGGAUUUGGACGAUGAUUCGCGACUAAGAAAUGUAUUCUGGGCAAAUAAUCGGUGUAGGCCAGCGUACAAGGAGUUUUGUGAUGUGGUUACUUUUGAUACCACCUAUCUUACUAAUAAGUAUGACAUGCCAUUCGCCCCCUUUGCUGGCAUCAAUCAUCACGAAUAGUCAACAUUACUUGGUAGUGGGUUGUUGUCGAAUGAGGACACUGAGACUUUCGUAUGGUUGUUUAGAACAUGGCUUCAGUGUAUGUAUGGUGAAACUACGCAGGCCAUAAUUACCGAUUAGGAUAGAGCCAUGCAAAAUGCAAUUGAGAUUGUCUUCCCGAAGACGAAGCAUAGAUGGUGUUUGUAGCGUAUUUUGAAGAAGCCCCCGGAAAAGUUUGGAUACCAUGUGGAUAAGGGUUUGAUAUUUGGGGCUAUACAUGGAUUAGUGUAUGAUUCACAGUCGGAACAAGAAUUUGAUGAAGGUUGGAUGGCGAUGAUUGACACCUAUAGUUUGCAGCAAAAUAAUUGGUUGUCAGGAUUAUAUGAGAAUAGAGGGCGUUGGGUGCCUUGUUUUUUGAAAAUAACUUUUUAGGCAGGAAUGUUUACAACAUAGAGAAUCGAGAGUAUGAACGCGUUCUUUGGUGAAUAUGUGCAUUCGAAGACAUCGUUGAAGGAAUUCGUCGAACAGUACGAACGUGCUCUCGGGAAUAAGGUCGAGAAGGAAUUCCAAGCUGAUUUCAAGUCGUUCUCUCAAAUGAUACCGUGUGCAACACAGUUUGAAAUGGAAGAACAGUUUCGGUCAGUUUACACCAUAUCGAAAUGUCGGGAAGUUUAAAAAGAGUUCACAGGUAAGGUCUACUGUAAUGUCAUAUCUACGUCAGAAGGAUCUUCUGAGACAACGUAUAAUGUACAGGAGACUAUUAUGUAUGAUGGUCGUCGCAAGAGAAAAACUUGAGUCGUCUCAUUUGUGAGAAAUAAUUGCGAAGUUGUUUGUAGCUGCCACUUAUUUGAGUUUAGGGGAAUACUUUGUAAGCAUGCAAUAGCGGUUCAAGACUAGAACGAUGUCACGUGUAUUCCGGAUCAGUAUAUUUUGCGGAGAUGGAUGAGGGACGUUCGUAGAGCAUACACGAGAGUUCCAAUAAACUAUGCAGGGUUAGAGACUACUCCUGCACAAUUAAGAUACGAAGAGAUGUCUAAGGGAUUUGCACAGGUGGCAGACCUUGCUGCAGAUGAUGAAAUGCUGUCACGUGCUAUAAUGGAGUGGAUAAAAUUGCAAUGUGAAGAUAUGAUGACCACAAGAUCUGGUGGUAGUAGUAAUCUCAUACCGUCGCGUACCACGCAGGUGUCCAAUGAUUGUACGGACGUGUCAAAGUUAGCGAGCGGAAGCAUAUGUGAUCCACAAGUAGCUCGACUAAAGGGUGCGCCAAGGAAGCUUAGAAAAAGAAGCCCAUUGGAGAUAACAUCAAAGAAAGCAAAGUCUAGCGGGACAUCAUCCACUACUAUGCCACCAAGAAGUAGCAAUACGAAUAUGGUAGAUGACGCAAUGAACUUUCAGUUGCCUCAACAAUAUUCCAUGCCAACCCCGACGUCGUACUUGCCCAGUGACACGUUGACACCAUUAUCUUUGUCACAACUGUCCAUGUCUACACCGUUCUCCCUUUCCCAAUGUGUACCCUUUGGAAAUUUGGUCUCUCCAUUCGCUGCUAGUAUCAGGCAAAAUUCACAAUGUCAACCAUCGGCGAACUACUAUCAAAAUUUAUUGGAUCACAGUGGCAGCCUAUAGCAAGGGGGCUAUGUUUGCGCGAUUGGAAUUUUUUUGAAAUCAAGACUUCCAAUUCACAGUACUCGAAUGAAGAUGUAUUUUGGCAUUUCCUAGUAUUAAGGCAAUUACUACUUUGCCUAUUUUGGCAACUUCACAGGUUUUAAGUUGGCGGAAUUUUUUUGAAAUGUUGGGUAAUUACUACUCAUAGUGUAUUAGUAUCAAAUAAUUGUUGUGAUAAUUCAAUGGAAAUUUCUUUUGUUUUGUUCAUACCAUUUUGAGCAACUUAUCUAAUAGCUGAAUUGUUAAGUCUU